AACAGUUCUGUUUGUUAUUUUCGUCAGUCUCCCUGGCCAAGGAAGGCGUCGACUUCAGCGGCCCUCCGUCUCCAUCGACCGCUGCCAAAGUACCAGUCGAUUCCAGAAACAAGAUGCCAAGUUUUGAGGUGGGCAGAAAAUUCGAGGGUGAAAGAGAAGAGAAGGAAAGCGGAUUUGAGGAAUGCGCGCUGUGAGUCGGCAGCACUUGAGUGGGAUGGUUUAUUGAGGGGAUCAUGAUACAUGGACCAAUGUACCACGGGGCCUACUGUGCUCAUCUGACUGCUUUUGAUCGAGGGAACCGCAACAGAUCGAUGACAGUUCAUCGGGGGAAUCGAUGUCAACAGACCAGCCGCUUCGAAGCAUCAAGGAAAAUCUUAAGAAUGUAAUGUUGUACUUACUGCAAGUUUGUGGAGGGCUGUAUAUAGGUGCUAGGGGAGCUCGCUUCUUUCAUUUGGUCUACCUCAGAGAGAGUAAUAUAGGCUGACUGAUAUGCAUCGUUCAAAGUAUCAUUAAUUCUUAAUUAAAUUUUAGCGAGAAGGGAAACCUUGGAUGUUCUGAAC